CACAGACAGGGGAAUGGCUGAAAGAAAUAGAGACAGCACUUCUGAAGAAAGAAAUCCUCAAUAGCCAAGAAGAAAAAUGAUCAACUCUAUUACACAGUUCCUUCUGCCUCUUUGUUUAUUCAUUGUAGGAGUUACUACUUUUCCCAACAAGCAUGGCAAUAGGAACCAUUCUGAAGACAACAGAACUACUAAAACGUGGAAUAUGAAGUCUGAACUUCUAACAACUAUUAAUUCUUUGUCAAGCGACACUCAAACUUCAGUUCCCUGGCUCCCUGAAAUAACGCAAAUUAGCAAAACUACCCCAGAGCAUAUUUUAUAUAUUACUGGUGAAGGUGAUUAUUAUGAGGAUGAUGACAGUGAAGAAGAGGGACCUACAAACCCCCCACAUUCUGAUGUCCUUCCCUGUCCCUAUGAUCGCUGUAAGCACCUGGAGCCACCUUGUGAAGACAUACAAAUUAGACUUGGGGGUAACUGUCUUUGUCCUGGGUUAACUGGACCCUGGUUUCCACCUGACUCUCCUCGUGUGGGGCAGAUAACUCCCACGGAAAGAGGAGCUAGUGUUAUGUGGUGCUCCCCACUUUCCUUUGUGCUUUAUUACAGGGUGUUGUACAAGACCAACAAUGGCCCCAUGGAAAGGGGACCAAUUCUUAAUGCCACUUAUCGUUUUUUUUCCAUAGGCAAUCUCCUCCCAGAUACUUCCUACAGAGUCUGCUUGGUGGCAAUUAAUGAAGCAGGAGAGAGCCAGGUAGAGGAGGGGGAUGAUUCAAAAGAGGGAAAAUGGGAGAAUGGCACCCCUGGUCCAUGUAGGCUAUUUCGUACCAUUACUUCUCAAGGAUCACACAUUUAUCUUGGAGGAGGGAUUGGUCUAGCAGUACUGGCUUCUGUUUUGGGUUUAAUUGUGUUUGGGUACUGGUUGUGGAGAAGAAAAAGGGUUGAGAGCAGAAAAUGGUUAGACAAUGAUGAAACUGGCAUUGCAAACAUGACAUUUAAAACAGAAAGUGUAGAGCAGCUGUGAUACCAGGGUCAUUACAUUUAUGAUGCAUGACUCUUGCUGCAUGGUUGCUGUAUGUAUGUUGCACAAAUAUGUAUUUUGUUAUAUAUUGUUACAUAUAUUUAUUAAA